UGUGGGAUCCGCGGGCGACAGUGGCGGGUGGAAAGGGAAGAAGACAGGGGCGGCCUCGGUGGGCUCUGGCGGUGCCUGCGGAGCGAAAGUGGAGCGGACGUGGCGACGAGAGGCCGGGCAGGUCACAUCACCCCGAUGGGGAAUACCUAGAAAGGCAGAAUAAUGGCAGCAGAUGAUGAUGAUGAUGCAAUGACAUUUUCUAGUGUGCUGUAUGGUGUUUCCCCUUGUAGAAGAGAAGAUAAUGAUGAGAGUUCAGUGGAUAUUUAUGAUGGGUUAGACAACACUCCAGCUGUUUCUGUCAGUCUUGCUGAAGAAGCAACUCCAACCGGAAGUAGUUUAAAUCUGUUUGAUGAGAUCCUCAUUGCAGAAGGGACAGCAAAGGAAGCUUCAUAUAAUGAUUUGCAGGCCAAACAUGUGAAAUGUCUGCAGCAACUUCAAGAGUCUAUGAAGAAGCUUCAGGAAAUACAAGAACAGAAUUCCACUCUACAAAAUGAAAACCAGUCCCUUAAAAAGAAUAUUUCAGCACUUAUCAAAACAGCAAGAGUAGAAAUCAAUCGCAAAGAUGAAGAAAUCAGUAAUCUCCAGCGAAGGUUAUUGGCAUUUCCAGUUCAUCAGAAUGCCUACAGUAGAACAUUCUUUGCAAGGAACUUUGAAGAAUUGAAAAAAAAUAAAUGCAAAGAUUUACUUCCGGAGAACGAUCCAAAGACAGGUCCUAGGACUAAGCCUGUUAUUUCUAAAGAUGUUCCUCAAAAUUAUCCAUCUUGUGAUCCAGAAAAUCAGAGAUUGCAUUCAGAAAAAAGAAAUACUUCAUGUGUACCUAGAUCUCAUCCUAAACUGCUUCACAGUGAGGCUUAUUCAAGGUUGACAAGUGUUAGCUGUUCUUCUGACAAAGAAAAGGGGAAAAAAGAAAUAAAUGAUGACCAUCACAGCAAGGAGAAUGACUGCAGGUACAAAAACAAGGGAGCCCAAACUGUGGACAGCAUCACAGAAGGAAAGUUGCAUGGUAACACAGAAAAACCAGUCAGACUAUUCAAAGACAGUAAGAACUCAAAGCUCAAAAGCAGCCCAUAUUCAGAACAAAGAACUGAUAAGUUUCCUUCCACACUGGAGAAACAACCUCCUAAUGAUCGAUUGCCAUCAAAAAUGGAAUACUCUGGUAACAAUAGGGGUGAAGAGUCACAAAACAAAAAGCAGGACUCAAAAACACAAAGCAAAGAUGAACGCAGUAGCAUACAGAAAAUCAGGCCUUCUGAAAGGAAUCUUGAACAGCAAAGAAGAAAAGAUAGUAACACUGGCAGUCCUCCUGAAAAAAGGCCAAGUGCUCAAAAAUUAAAUAAAUGCUAUGUGGAAGAAAAAAAGGUAACAGAGAGCAGUUACAGAAAAAACAGAGGAACAAAAAAUCAUGAGAUCCAAGGAAGGAGGCUGCGAUCACCAUCACCUCCAACUUCUAACAAGAAACACAAACACUGCCAUUCUAAGGAAGAAAGCAGUAAACAGGAAUUUGAGAGCUUUCAUUCAAAAUCCAAGAGACAUCGAACUGAAGAAAGAAGGAAAAACAAGACAGUGACCAUUGGAGACAGCAAGAAUUCUCAGGCAGAAAGAACAGAUGCAAAGGAAGUGACGCAAAGAACAGAAGUUGUAAAUAAAGUUAGGGACUGCACUACAAGAGAACAAAGCAAACCCUGUCCAUCGCAAGAGACUACCAAGAGAGCAGCUCGCCCGGAGGAACAAAAGCCCACCAAAGUUAGAAGAGAUGAGGACCAGACAAAAAGCAAAGACUUAAAACUGAGUUUUAUGCAGAAGCUAAACUUAACACUUUCUCCGGCAAAAAAGCAAAUAGGUGAACUCAAACAAGUAUCACAACCCACCAGUAGAUGUGAUGGAGAAACUCCUGGGAAAUUUAUCAUUACAACUGCUGCUAAACAAAAAAGCCUACCAUCGGUACCAAUCACUGACAGUCCUGUUCCAGCCAAUUCGGAACCAAUAGUUUUUAUUUCCAAGACCAAAGUAAACAUAGUAUCAGAGAACCUGCCUGAAAUAUUGAGCACAGAGUCAUCUAAGAAAAUAUCUGACCUGCCAAACACAGUGCAAUGUACAGUGGUUGAUAACCUGCCUGAUAACAGUGUAGAGACUCGAGAAGCUGAGGAAACACGUAGGCUUCCUAGUCUGGGAAGCCCCUUGAAUCAAGAUACACUUUCAGACAAUAGUUUCAAUGACCUGGAGAUUAUAAAUUCUGUGGAUUUUGAUUCCUAUAGUGUAAUAGAUGAAAUUAAUGGAACAGAUUCAGACUCACUGGUGGAGGCGGAAGGCCCUGGUAAUUGUGAAGGCAAAAUAGUUGUGGAGCAUCCUGGUAAAGAAAACAACCUUCCCGAAUGUGUGCCUCGAGAUGCCGGUGAAGAAAGCAAAGUAUCGCAUAGGGAAGUAUUAAUAACUGACCAAAAGUCACAUAAUUCAUUGCUGAGCUGUCUUGACCAAGGAAGCCAUUUGGAAAACUUAUGUAAGAAAGGGGUAAACUCUGGGCCUCCAGUGAGUGAUGCAUGCCCAUUCCCUGCUGAUGAUGAUAAUUCUGUACUGAGCAUUGAUCUCAAUCACAUGAGAUGUAUUCCAAAAGCAAUCAGUCCACUUAAUAGUCCAAUGCGACCCUUGGCUAAAGCACUCAGAGGGGAAAGCACUUACACAGGACCUGUGAACAGUUAUAAUAUAGAUUUAAUGCCUGAAAGCACAACUGUCUGUUCUGCAAGAAACCAGUCCAGUGAACUCAACAAAGAAAAUCAAAAGCCAUUUUGCACAGAUCCCCAAGUACUGGAGAAAGAAUCCCAACUGAGCAUGACUUCAGAUGAAUUAGAAGAAGGUGAAAUUGUAAGUGAUGACGAUAAUCUUAACAGUGAAAGAAACUCUGAAUAUAAUAAAAAAUCAAGAGGAAAAGCAUCCUCUGAAAGAUCCAGUUUGAUUAAUAGUCCACACAACCACAAAGGCCAUCAAGUCCAACCCCCAUCAAAGAUGAUACCUUACAAUGAAGACAAAGAAAAACUGACUUCUGGAAAAACCAGUAAAGGAAAACCCAAAAUUGGAACCAUGAGAUGCUCUAAAGAAACAAAGAAAAACAAAUCUGUGAAGACUGACUAUUUUGAAAAAAUAGCUCAAAUUACUGCUGAGCCUUCUACUGUGCAUGAGUUUAUGCAGAUGCUAAAGGCUGUAAGAAAGCAAAUACGUAAAAACUACAUGAAGUUUAAAGUACAGUUUCCAAUACAACAUUUUCAUAGAAUUAUAGAUUCAGCAAUUUUGAAUUUUACAUCUCUGGUAAAAUAUCUUAACUUCUCUAAAAUGUCCAAAUCAAAUGAGAUAUUAAAGAAGAAUCUCUGUGAAGUUAUAGAAUCCAGGCUUAAGCAGAUUAAAAGGAACGGCACAAUAGAUCAUCUCUUUGAACAACAACAAUCAGAUAUGAAGAAAAAGUUGUGGAAACUUGUGGAUGAGCAGCUUGAUAACCUAUUUGAUAAAAUAAAGAAAAUUCUUCAGAAACUGUGCAACUUAAUAAAUACUAGAACUGAGGAUAGUGAUGGAAAACCUAAUAAAAAAAUUAAAGAGAACCCUAACUGCCCUAUAAGCUAUAAAACUGAUGGACAAAAACCAAAGAAGCCACCUGUAAGUGUUAAAACUCAAAGGGCUGAAGAAUGUGUCCUUCCGAAGCCUGUAGUGGGCAACCAGCUGUCCAAGAGAGGUCACCAUGACACAAGUAAAAUAGAUGCACACAAAAAGUUGGUUACAAAAUGUACAAGUUCCCAUACAGAUAAUGCAAAACCAUCUCAAGCUAGGGUUGAGCUUGUCAAAGAAAAGUCUGUACUGAAUUCCGAAUCAACCUUGAAAAGCAGAAAAUCUGAAAAAGAAGGGGCACAGCUGGUUGAAAACUCUCAAAAGUCUGAUAUUAGCUGUGGACCUCUCACAGAACAGCAGAUGUCUGGCCUAACAUUCAAUCUGGUGAAUGACGCUCAGAUGGGUGAGAUGUUCAAAAGUUUGUUACAAGGCUCUGGUUUUUCAGAAAAGAACAAUGACUUCAUGGAUGAAAAUCACUGGGAAUUCAGGACACCAGACAAACACCUACUCCGUGGAGAGAACUGUGGAAACAACGCUGUGUAUGAGACAGAAGAAUCAUCUUCCAAAGAGACCCAAAUAGAGUCAAAGGUACUAGAUGGCAUUAAAUGGCCUGCAGUUUCACCUGAAAGGGAUUCAACUUUUUUAACUCGACUCCCGAUGCCCGUUGAUCCAGAUAUUCUAGAUGAGAACUGUAUGUUUGACAUUCCUUCCAGUCCAGCUUUGAAGAAAAGUGAGGCAUGCGUUUUAGAAAAACCGAAAUCCCUUGUGUCUUCUAUUCUUCUGGAAGACCUGGCAGUGUCACUGACUAUUCCCUCUCCUUUGAAGUCAGAUGCUCAUCUUAGUUUCUUGAAGCCUGACCUGUUUGGAUCGGUUCCCGAAGAUGUUCUGAGUGCGCACUUAAGUGAAGAUGCCCAUCUUGAAGAGGAGGAUGCUUCUGAACAAGAGAUCCAUUUGGCUUUGGAAUCUGAUAACUCCAGCAGUAAGUCCAGCUGCUCUUCAUCAUGGCCCAGCAUGCCUGCCGCUCCAGGAUUUCAGUGCUGCAGAAGUCCACCGAUGCAGGCAGUAAUAAUGGAGAAAUCAAAUGAUCAUUUUGUUGUUAAGAUAAGGCGUGCUGUGCCAUCUACUUCACCACGCCUUGAUCAGGCAUCUCCAGCAAAUGACUCACGGACAUCUUUCAUUGAGAGAGGGAAGAAUGAAAGUGUGCCUGAUGAUGAAUUAGCUACUUCAGGUUCCAAAGGCCUACCACUGGAAGAAAUGGCAGCAUCUAAGAAACUGAACGAGGAGAAAAUGCACGAUAAGGUUGAAAAAGAGCAUGUUACUAGUUCAUUUGAGACUCUGAAGGAUCCAGCUAUCUGUUGUGAAAACAAUCAGGUUCCUGAUCUAUCCAAGUCCCAGCAGGAAUCUAAUCCUAGUGUCCCUUACAAUAUCCUUGAAUCUGCAGAGGAUCUGUUUAGUAACGUCAGACAGGAGCAAGAUGGUAACAUGCCUAAGCCCUUUCAUGAACUAUCUAGCAAUACCAGUCAACAUCAAGACACUGAUUUGAUUGAAAUCCAUCAAGUAUUGCAUAAUAGCGUUGUCCCAGACAUAGCCUCUGAUUUACUUGAUCCACCCAAAGAAGUGGGGAAAUCCUCUAGCUCUUCAGUAUCUUUUAUAGAACCCUCAAAUAAGACUUGUCGCAGUGGAGAGUUACCAAACAUCUUUAAACUACCUCAGACACACUCCUUGAUGGUGCUCCAACAAAAAGAUGCAACUUAUGCUACAGCAAAACAGUUGCCAAUUAGUUCUUCAUUAGUUCCACUUGUUAAUGUAUUUUCUUCUGAAAGCCAGUUUGAUAUUGGUAUAGACUUGACAAGUGAGCCUCCCAUGGAAAAUGAAGUGGAUUCGUGGGAUCUUACAGCAGAAUAUGCUUUAAACUCUGGAAUGGGAAGUUUACGUAAAGAGAAACACGAGCCAGCCCGCCACUGCGUAGCAGAUGAUCUCCUGAGGUGUGAUGUUGAUGCAGUUGUAGACUUGACAGCAGAGUUACCUGACAAGCCUACUGUGGAGGGUACUUUUGCAAGAAAAACGGUUUCAAAAAUGGAUAGUCCAAUCCCUGGCAAAAAAAGAAAAGGGGAGACUGAAGAAACAGCCAGCAUAAAGAGACAAAGAAAAGAGAGUAGUAAACUGUCUUGUAAGAAGAAUGGCAAAAGUCUGAAAAAAUCUAAAGAGAGUAUGCCAGCAGCCAAGAGUUCAUCCAGUGAAAAGACUGCCUCAGUUAGGGACAAAGAUCCUUUACCACCGACAUCUUCUGUGUUGCCAUCAAGUCUGUAUGCCAAAAAUAUCAUUAAGAAGAAAGGAGAAGUCAUAAUUUCGUGGACAAGGAAUGAUGACAGGGAGAUACUAUUAGAAUGUCAGAAAAAGGGACCUUCCGAAAAAACUUUUUCUUCUGUUGCUGCCAGGCUAAAUAAAAGCUCAAAUCAGGUUGAAGAAAGAUUCAAACAGUUAGUGAAGCUGUUUAAUAUGUCAAGUUGCAGUUAGUGACUGCUGUUACUAAGGAUGGACUUCUGUGAGUGUAUGUGCACUUUGUGUGUAUCAAAGAGAGAUCCAUGUCAGAAGAGCUACCUGUUGCUUAUCUUUACACUUACGUAUUCAACACUGUGUUUUAUGUACUACAUCUCCUUCGAAGAUGAUGGGUAUAUCUGAGAACUCAUAAUGUUCAGCUAACCUUCCAGGAGGCAUCAUAUAAGAAUGUGCAAGGGACAGUUAAGCAGCAGACUCAGUCUGUUCAGAAAACAUGGGCACAGACUGUGAAGUUUUGCAGUAUGUUCUUUAAACACUUUUGUUCACUAUGGUAUGGAUAUGUUGGAAGUUUUGUAGAGCAUGUUUUGGUAGCGUGAUAUCAGCCUUUCCAAGUUUUUGUUGCCAGAGGCAACAAAUGUGUGUUUUACAUCCUGUAAGCAAAGAUGGUUUUCAAAGGCUGACUCUGCUACUCAAUGCUAACUGAAAACAGCGUCUUUUUAAAGUGUUAUGCUAUCAGUAUGUGCAGUAUGAAUGUGUGCUUUAGGUAAUUGAACCAAGAGUUUCACUACUCAGUACUCAUGAGCAUAAUCCAGAUAAUACAAAGUGGGUUUAUCCAAAACAAGUCUCAAUCGGCAGUCUCUUCUGAGUAGAAACAUCCAGUGUAUGAGAUUUUUCUUUUUGAUCCAGCUACCUGGAAUUCCUGCACGGAGCCCUCUGCAGUGAUUGGUCCUAUUGGUGGAUUUUAUUCUUUCAAAUUCUUCCUUGCUACGGCUACUGGUUUUGACAUGGUUCUAACUGCUGACACUUAUGUGAUCAGGGGAUCUAUAUAUUCAUUGUCUUGAGUGUAAUAAUUCGAAUCAACUGCUGGGAUUUGGGGAUAUUUUGGCAGCUACCUCCAUAGAACACCUUGUGCGCAGCAACCAAAAACCUAAUUUAAUCUAUAGUCUUACUUCAAAAAGGAGAGGGACCGAUAUAAAUGUAAGAGCUCCAUAUAUUUUUUUUAAGUGACUCCCUACUAUUCUGAUUUGAAUUCUUUUUGGGGAGGCAGGGUUUGUAAAUUGUAAAAUUUUAAAUGUUUACAGUGUUGUAAAUAUGUGUACAGAAUGCUAUAGUAUGUAAAAUAUAUUGUUUAUAUAAUUUGUUUACCUGCAGAUUUUUGACUACAUAAAACAAGUUGGAAACCGUGUAAAAUGAGUGCCCUUAAUGUUCAUUAAAAGUUGACUUGGAGUGUUUUAUACCAUUUUUGUAAGUUACUUUUCAGUAAGCACAAAUUCAUCUGUGUACUAUGCUGUGUGUAAAUCUACAGUCUUGUUCUCUGGAGCUAAAUCCAGCCCUUGAAGUAUAUUCCCAUUAAAAUAUUGGAGAUCUGUCA